AAAAUGGCGGCGGUUUCUGUCAGUAUGGAAUGAAACUUUCUUAUUUUUAUCAAAUAUUUUCGCCUUUUCCUCACAAACUUCCAGCUGUGAUCGCUCGUUUAGCGAAGUAAGGAUUUUGCGAAGGCAUUGACAUCCACCACAGCCGCUUAAGACCGAGCUGUGAGAUUGUUUUACCCGCUUUUUGUCGCCUAUUCGCUGGGCUUCCCCCGAAGAAGUUGACGCUGGCUAGAGUGCCUGACAUUGCGAUCAUUCCGAGUGUUUUUGUCAGCGAAUUUGCUUUAUAUGGACUCGUCAGCCGGGGCAGGUCGUAGCUUCCGUGGGAGAAAUAAGUAGGUGGUGUUGGAUGUCACCACCAGAAAGGAUUGCGCUUAGUUUGGUUUGCUAGCAUCGUCCAUCCUGGCAAAUCAAAUGGAAAAGCUCCAGGAUUUGAGCCAAUCAGAGCUCCAGGAGCUGCUGGAUAACGCUGAGAGGGUGGAGGCCAUGGCGCUGGAGUCUGAUGAGAUUCAGAACAUCCAGCUGGAGAGGGAGAUGGCUCUGGCCGCUAACAGAAGUCUGGCUGAACAGAACCUGGACCGAAAGCCGUACCUGGAGUCACAGAAGGAGGAGCUAGUGAGCCGAUAUCUGCAGUUGGAGGCAGUGCAACAGAAGUACAGAGAGCACUGCGCACAGAAAGAUGGAAUGGCGGGUCAGGUGUCUCCAGAGGCCUUGUUUAACAGACUUCAGGUGGAGAGCUCCAAAACAGAGGAGGAAUCAGAGUCCUUGGCAGAUGAGUUUCUGGAGGGCUCAUUGGCACUGGAUUCCUUCUUGGACCGCUUCCUGUCUUUGCGCUCCCUUGCUCACAAACGCCGCGUGCGGAUAGAAAAACUCCAGGAAGUGCUCCGCCAGAGAAACUCCGCCUCCUCCACAGCAACCGACAAGCCUGAUCCCGCCCCAUCCAGCUCCACACACUCCACCACCUCCAACAACUUGCCCCUCCCCAAACAACCUGUCCCUGCUCCAGCUUUAUCCCCGAGCGGCCUCCCUUACUCCCCUUAUCCUGUCUCCCCUCCCAACCCCACCUCCGUACCCGCCGUAGCUGCAGCGUCUGGCCCAUCCAACCCUCCAGCGCAGUUUCCACCAUACCCCAGCGCUGGCUCAUCAUUUACACCAGCGGCAGGCUACACUGGUGGGCCACCCCGACCAGCGUUUGGGCCCCUCCCUCCUCCUCAGCCUUCGCAGUCUGGGGGUGGUUGUCCAUAUCCCACCCAGCCGUCUGCGUUCACGGGCCCACAUCCAGGCUCUGCGUUCGGGCAGUAUACCCCCAGUAAUGCCCCUGCGCCUUAUCCAGCGUCUUACUCCUACGGUGGGUAUAGUUAUCCAGCCGGGCCGGCCUACAACAACACCCAGUCCCCCACAGGAAGACCCAUGUACAGACCAGGAUAUGGAGUACCACAGCCCUACUCCUGAAAAUUAAAAAGCACUACUCUUUUCUCUGUCUCAGAAUCUUAAAUAUUUUGCCCCUGCACUGCAAAAAAUAAAUAUCAAAAAAUGUAAAUGAUUUCAAUUCACAAUCUU